UGACAGUUGAAGUCAGGUAACCUUUAUAUCCGGUUUGCGAGAUAUCGGUAUUUUUUUUCUUUUAAAAAAACUUUUCUACCACCUAAGAAUAAGUGACCAAAUUGGGUCUCUUUUUGCAAAUUCUUCUCCCUAAAAAUCUUGACGUCUUUUGCGACCACGACAAAGUUUAAUUGAAUUUUUGGUCAGCAAUUACGGCAAACAUUCAAUCCUCACUUGCUUUAAACGGUUAAACUGUCUCAAUUUUGAUCCCACAACCCCAUAUCUACUACCUUUACAAGAAUCCUACUUCAGAUAAAAGAUUCCUCAAUUUCAAAUUGUAUAACUUUGCUCAGAAAUAAAUUCAUAACCCUCCUCCUACUUGAAUUAUUGAACCAAUAUAAAAUGAACAGUGUUAAAAAAAGGUUUGGAUCCAACAAUUCUCAGAAUUCCUCACCAAAGAAAAGACUGGAACCUGCCCAACUUUCAAGAGCCCCGUCGAAUGAUCUCGAUGAUUUGUCACCUGAAUUGGUGCCGAUCGUAACUCUCCUUUCGUCCCAAUCUCAUAGAAGGUACCAUGAAGGUAUAUUCAUGUUAUACUACGAUUUAAAUGGUGAUGGGAAACCUGCCGAUAGAGAAUGGAAAGAAGUAUAUGGUAUUUUGACUGGUAAUCAGCUUGCUUAUUGGGAUGCUGCCAAUUUAGCUGAAUUCCGUGAUAAUCCAGAGGCCCUUCUCCAAGCAUCUUCUAAACCAAACUAUAUCAAUUUUACUGAUUCCGUUUAUAAUGCCAUGAAGACUCUUCCUGCUGCAAAGCAAAAUCUAGACAAUGUCAUCAUUGUUUCUACCACAUUGAAGAAUAGAUAUAUUAUUCAAUUUAAGGCAUACAGGGAUUUGACCGAUUGGUAUCUUGCACUUCGCUUAGCCAAUUAUGAAUAUCUGUCAUUACAAGAGGCAUAUACUGGGGCUUUAUUGUCUGCUAGAGGAUCCCGGUUAUCUGACAUUCGUACUGUUUUGGCAGAAAAGAGAUAUAACCAUGAAGAUUGGGUUAGUAUUCGAUAUGGUUCAGGAAUGGCUUGGAAACGUUGUUAUGCCGUUGUUGAACCUUCAACUAUGAAACGUAAGGUUUUCACUCCGGGUAGAAUACUUCUCUACGAAACCGAACAAAUGAAGAAGAAGCAACUUAUGGCCGUUGUAAACAACGCUACAAGUGUUACUGCUAUAUAUCCACAAUCUCCACAACUCAUUGAUCAUAGUACAAUGUUGAAAUUGGAAGGUUAUAUCAAUUUUAAAUCACCUAGUGUUGCUACUAAAGUUUCAAAGAAAUCAUGGGAAGAUUUUAAGAAUACAUCAAUUUUCAUUAUGCCAGAGGCUCAUUCAGCAGUACCUGGAUUUGAUACCUUGAUUAGAUUUCUAAUCCCGUUAUUGGAUUCCUUUGGUUUAUAUGGUAGACCUAAAAGACUUAAGGCUGAUCGAAUUGAUCCUGAAUCUCUUCUUUUUGCCUUACCAACUUUACCACAUGUUCAUUACCUUGAGAUAAAGGAUUUAGAAAGGUUGAUAGAAAGAAAUGACUUUUUGUCAUGGGAUGUGAAACAAUGGACGAAUGAAUUUAAAGCAAUUAUGAAGGGUAAGUUAAGUCAAGGUUAUGAAGGUUGCGGUAGUACCAGAGGUCUUAUGGGCGCAGUUAAUUCAUUGAACAGUCCUCGUUCGACGUCGAGCUCUUCCUUCAAGAAACCAGGAAACUAUGUAGCUGUUCAAAAUCCAUUACCAAGGCCUAAUAAUGAGUCUACUGGUAGUUUGAAUAGUAUUCCGGGUCUUGCUUCGACUCCUUCGCAGACAAUGGCGAAUAAGAAUCCUCACGGUUUAACUAUUCAGGCAUCGCCUGCACAAUCAGGCGCUAGUCUUUCUCCAGACGUUGGUAGCAGGCAUAAACUCGACGCACAUAAGUCGGUUCAAUUGGCUGAUAUCUAUCAAAAGUAUUCUGAUAUAAAGAGUCCAUCUGAUCAAUUUCAUACCGAUAGAAAUCAAUUAUUGAAUGGAUCUCAUGAGAAAUUGGUGGAAGAUGAACUCCCCGAAGGAUUUAGACAAAUUCAUAUUGGAAAUAACGAUGUUGGGGCAUAUCCAAAGAAUGAUGAUGCCUUAUUUGGGGAUGAUGAAGAUGAUGAAGAUGACGAUGGAAAGAGAUUUGAUACCCAUGAUAUUGGUUUACGAAACCAAGACGAUUCGAAUUUGGCACUUCCAUCUUUUACCAACAGAAACAGUAGUUAUUCUUCUGUUAAGUCACCAAUGACUCAAUAUCAUGAAUUUAAUGAACAAUUCAGCAAAGCGGUGGACCAUAAGCGUCGUGAGCCUCAAGAACUCAACUAUACCGAUUCUGAAAGUGAUGAAGAGUCAAUUGCUCCAUCUCCUCCUCCUCAUCACUUCCCUUAUGACAAAGACACUCUGCCUUUGCAUUUACCGAAGACUAAUCCUAACUUCAACAAUGUUUCUCGUGGUACUACUACCCCACGUGGAGAUGCCCAAGGCCCAGAUUAUUUAUCUAUUCACUCUGAAUCUGGUAAAGUCAUCAGCGCGGACUCUUCCCCAUUAUCAGACAAUUCAGGAGAAAGAGAUACCAAUGUUCCAUAUCCUACUUAUGAUCAGCCAACAACAUCUCGCUCUCAGGCACAUCACAUUUCAUCUCCAAACAGUUCCCAAAAUUAUGUGGCAAAGUUUAGUCUGCAAGACAGUCAAAUUCCUCUGACGAGAAUCCAAGAUGCUACAAGCUCCACUCCACAAAUUCAAGUUGCUGACUCGAAUAAUGUGCCUCCUCCUGUUCAGAAAUAUCCUCCACCACAGUCGCGCCAACAACAUCAACAAUACCAAUAUCAACCUCAACCCCAACCUCAACAAUCGCAACAACCAAGAUCUCAAGGAAGACCUGGAUAUGAAAACCCACAAUUGCCUCCGCAACAACAGGUUUACCCAAACUCACAACAGUUUGGAUACCAAGUGCAACCUUCAACUCCACCACUGCAGUCAUCUGCAACAUUCAAUCAGCCACAACAUCAAUACCGCCCUCAAGCACAACAACAAUAUCAACCUCCUCCUCAACAACAGCAACAAUAUGCUCCUCAUAAACAAUAUUCUCCUCAACAACAAUACCGUCCUCCACCACAAAAUGCUUCUCGACCACCCCCUCAACAGCAAUAUGCACCACAGCCUCAAUAUCAGAAACAACAACCUCACCCUUCUCAACAAUACCGUCCUCAACCACAACAAUCGGGAAUCCCUCCGAGUGUGAACUAUCAACAAAAGCCUCCUCAACCUCGUUCGCAACAUCAACCUGGUAUUCCACCAUCGGUUUCGAUGCAGCCUGUACCACGUCCACAAAGACCAGUGGUUCCACAACAGCAAUCUGCUGCCAAUAUGAGAGGUUACAAUGGAACUCCUCAAGGUCAGUAUCAAUAUCAAGUGAACCCCAACAUUCCAACUGGAGCUCCUGGAGCCCCAUCCCAUGGUAGAAAGCCACCUCCACCAGGCAAUCCUAACUUCAAUAGUUCCAGACCAUACUGAUGCUACGAAAUGUG